GCAGCACGUCUUUUCCCUCCUCAAAAAACAUCUUCAUUCUUGUGCCCUCGAACUCUCGGUGUCUCCAACCGAGGCAGCCUCAGACCGACAGAGCGACAUCUCUAUUUCUCUGCAUCGUCUACGUUCAUCGGCUGACUCUGGAAUUGCCUUUUUGUCUGGAUUCGACUGGGGGAGACAGAGAAAAGCCACAGAAAGCACGAAGCUGUGCUUGAGGUAGCGAGGACUCCGAGGGGGAAACAGAAGCCUUCAUGUUUCAGUUGCCAAUCUUGAAUUUCAGUCCCCAGCAGGUAGCGGGGGUAUGCGAGACUUUGGAAGAGAGCGGAGACAUCGAGCGUCUCGGCCGAUUCCUGUGGUCGCUGCCCGUCGCACCCGCUGCCUGCGAGGUGCUCAACAGAAAUGAGUCUGUGCUAAGGGCUCGGGCUAUCGUAGCCUUCCACACUGGGAAUUUCCGUGAGCUUUACCACAUUCUGGAGAACCACAAGUUCACCAAAGAGUCCCAUUCCAAACUGCAAGCACUUUGGCUGGAGUCACACUACCAGGAGGCAGAGAAGCUCCGAGGCCGCCCGCUGGGGCCAGUGGACAAAUACCGGGUACGGAAGAAGUUCCCUCUGCCUAAAACAAUUUGGGAUGGAGAACAAAAGACUCACUGCUUUAAAGAAAGGACCCGGCAUUUACUUCGAGAAUGGUACCUCCAGGAUCCUUAUCCGAACCCAAGUAAAAAGAGAGAGCUUGCACAAGCUACGGGACUCACUCCCACUCAAGUGGGGAAUUGGUUUAAAAAUCGAAGACAAAGGGACAGAGCCGCAGCCGCUAAAAACAGGUUACAACAGCAGGUGUUGUCUAAUGGCUCGGUUCGGUCCCUAACUGGAGAGGAUGGUGCUGUAGACCGACUGGGGAACGCGUCGAGCCCUGAAGCGAGCUUGUCGAGCAAAGCCGCUGCGUCGGCUAUCUCCAUCACUUCAAGUGACAGCGAAUGUGACAUCUAACAUCGCACCACGAUCCGGCCCGCGGGCUAUACGGGAAGACUAUGAGAAAAUUAACACAUACGAAGGAAAUCGAGACAGACAAUCAGCAAGAUAAACAAGCACAUUAGUGCCUGCCUUAACGUAUCAGAGGCCGUGUUUUUAUUUUAUUUUAUUUUUUAUUUGGAGGCUGUUACAUCAGCCCGGAAUCGUGGGAUUCAUGGAAUGCUUUAUCUUUAAAAUGUAUUUAUCUUUUUGUGAGAGCAAAGUGGGGGCAAGCGCGAAAAAAAAAAAAAAAUACUAUCUGUAUUAAAACUACUUUUGUAACCGAUUGCCUCAAGCAAAUAGGUGCCCCUACGGAAAUGAUAUUCACACUUUUUGUUAAUUUUGAAAAGGACUUCUUGGUGAAACAUUUUACCUCCCAGGUUUUCUAAGGUGUUUACGCAUUAAAUUGUUGCUCUUAUAGAAUCUGAUUUUUAUUUGCUUGGUCAUUUCAAGUCUGGUCAUUUUCGGUGUUAAACGAUCGACUUUGUGCCGAUCGAGCAUGUGCGCCGAUAGUGAAGAUAUUAGUGAA